CAUAAGUGGGGAAGCUUGGCUUGAGCGUGAGGAGGGGAGGAGUCAGAUCUCAGGGAGAUGACAACAUUCAGCCACCCGUGUAGCCCACACAAGCGCUCCAGACAUCCUCACUCACACACGUUUUGGGUUCUCUACCUUGGUGGUUUUAGGAUGUAAACUCUCCCCACCUGGUUUUCAAAAAGCUCUGUGUGGGGUGAUGCAGAAUUCAGAAGGUAUGAAGACCCCCUUGAGCCCCACCCAGCUGAUAGAAAAUGGAAAACUGUGCUUCGCCAUCCCAGGCUGCGUGGAGGUAAAGGACUCCAACAUGCAGCUCCAGCAGGAGAAGAAGAAGCUGCUCUACUCGCUCUGCGAAGUCUGCAACAUCCAGCUGCACUCGGCUGCACAGGCCCAGGUCCACUACAAUGGAAAGUCUCACCUCAAGAGGGUCAAACAGUUGAAUAAUGGAGAGCUGCCCACGCCGAGUGCCAGCUCGGCUCCUACUCCUCUGCACUCUCUCAACAGCAGCGGCAGUCAAGGAAGUUCCUGUCAUAGCAACACACUCCCCACAUUGGUUCGGACUCCUUCUCUAAUGAUGCAGUCCGGUCUGGACAUGAAGCCUUUCAUGACCUUCCCCGUGGAGAGCUCCUCUCCGGUCGGCCUGUUCCCUAAUUUCAAUACGAUGGACCCCGUCCAGAAAGCAGUAAUCAACCACACAUUUGGAGUCUCCAUUCCUCCCAAGAAAAAGCAAGUUAUUUCUUGCAACAUCUGUCAGCUUCGCUUUAAUUCAGAUAGCCAAGCCGAGGCGCACUACAAAGGCAGUAAACAUGCCAAGAAGCUCAAAGCACAGGAGUCCACGAAAAAUAAGCAGAAAAGUGCAGCCGCCCAGGACAGCGGCGCUAAGACAAUCACCACCUCCACCACCACCACUUCCUCCUGCACUGCAGUCACUGCCAGCUGCUCUGACCAACCAGAGAAAAGCGCAGAGCCGCUGGCUGCGCACAAAGUCCCUGCCUCCCCGCAAGCCUUUGUGCCCCUUUGUGCUCCCGCUGUGCCUGCGGUGGCAUUAGUGCCCAGCCCUUGCAAGACGGCACCCGCGCAUGCCAGCCCACCCACUGAACCGACAGGACACGUGGCGGCCCUGAAGAACACCUCCAAACCAGCAGCGCUGCCAACGGCCCCGUCAGAGCCCAGCGUGGAGUCCGAGGAGGAGAAAGCCAAGAAGCUUCUGUACUGUUCGCUGUGCAAAGUGGCUGUCAACUCCCUCUCACAGCUGGAGGCGCACAACACAGGUUCAAAGCACAAAACCAUGCUGGAGGCACGAAAUGGAGCGGGUCCCAUUAAAGCGUACCCCAGACCCGGGUCCAAACUCAAAGUUCAGGCCACACAACUGAACAAAGGCUCAGGCUUACAGAACAAGACGUUUCAUUGUGAAAUCUGUGAUGUCCACGUCAACUCAGAAAUCCAGCUUAAGCAGCAUAUCUCCAGUAGGCGGCACAAGGACAGAGUGGCAGGCAAACCCACCAAACCCAAAUACAGCCCUUACAACAAGCAGCAGCGCAGCGCCGGCUCUCUGGCAGCCAAACUCGCCCUGCAGAACGACUUGGUGAAGCCCAUUUCACCGGCUUUCCUCUCCACACCCUUCUGCCCCACCACAGUCCCGUCCAUCUCCCUCCACGCUCGUCCCAACACCUCCAUCUUUCAGACGGCCUCGCUUCCGCACUCCUUUCUCCGUGCCGCUCCGGGACCGAUCCGACCCACCACGGGCUCCAUCUUGUUUGCGCCUUACUGAGCGAGCAGCCACAUCGGAGCUGAAGUUUCUCCAAUUAUGCCACGCUACGGCUGUAUGCUUGAAACAGUGGUGUAUUUAUUAAAACUUUAUCCUCAACUGUCCUCACCGUCACAAAACCCAGGAAGGAUGUCGUCUUUGUGAGGGCUUUUGCAUUUUAAACACUAAAAAUAAACAAGAAAAAGUGUUGAACUGCUUCCUGAAAGACUUGAAUUAUCAUGGUCUUCCUUUUCAACUCAACCAACCAACUCCAGACAAGCACAUGUCUUGAGGCGCUGUCAGAAACCAUCCCAAAAUCUCACCGUGUUCAGUCAGCGGCUUGAUGUUGUCAGGGAGCCUGUGAUGCAGUUUUUGGCCUGUGUGCUGUCUUGUAUCGUGUAGUCAAUAAGCUCAAUCACCAGUACUUCAGUGGCGCCCACUCUUUCCCUUUUAACAGGAAACACAGCAUUUCUCUUCUCCACAUGUGUUCGGGUUCCUCUUUUCAGCAUAAAAGUAGAUUCAAGCUGUUUUCAUCAUGAAACAAACUCUCUUUUGUGUAUUAGAAAAACCGUGGGCCAUUUUCAUCUCUCUGUGAUAUCCUUAUUUGUCACGAGACUGUACUCAUCUGCAGCUCUCUGAUGAUGCAAUAAUGUACAGAUCAUUAAAUAUUGAUAUUCUCCAUAGUGUAUUUCAUGUUUACCUAAAAGGUUGCAAUACUAGUUGUAUUUUAUGCGCUGAAGGAGACACUAAGAGAACUAGGUACGAUAUUUGGUACAUUAUUUUUUGAGAUCGAGAGAGAACAAUUUCCAUUCACUGAGAAUUCUUUAUUUGGCUGUGGAAUUUCAUCGUCCAUAGUAUAAACAUAUGUAUGUUUGAGAGUCUGUACAUAAAGAUACUACAUUUUCAAUAAAAUAAUAUAUUUAAAUGAUUUCUUCAUGAAUUUAUACUGUAUAUUACUUUUCACGAAUCAUUAUUGCUCAUUAUUAAAUGUUUAGAGAAUUGAUAAAUCAUCUUCGUAUUUAUUUUCAGAUGCUUUUUUAAUGGUUGUUUCUACUGUAAUGUUUUCUUUGAGUUCAUUUAUUUGUGCAGGAGAUUUGUUUGAUGGAUUUGAUUAAAACCAGUUCAGUGUUGUGUAA